AUGUUGUUGUUGUUAAUCCGCGGCUGCGCCGCCGCCGCCGCCGUUGAAAGCCCAUUUCCAGAUUACCCUCGGCCCACCCCUGAAGAGUGUUGCUCCGUACGAGACGAUCUAUUGUCACUCCAUGGUUUCCCAAAAGAGUUCGUCAAAUAACGAAACCAAAGAUUGAAAACAAAAUCAAAAUCCGCCGAUUUCGGAGAAGAUGAUGAUGAGAGAGAAAGUGUUCUGGACGGACUGGUGAAAACCAUACUUUCACAGAACACUACUGAGCUUAAUUCUGAAAGAGCUUUUGCUUCUCUCAAAAGUGCUUUUCCUAUUUGGAAUAAUGUUCUUGCAGCCGAUCCCAAGUGCGUUGAGGAUGCAAUAAGAUGCGGGGGCCUAGCACCGACAAAGUCGUCUUGUAUAAAGAAUCUUUUGAGUAGAUUGCUCGAGAGAAAAGGGAAGUUGUGCAUGGAGUACUUGAGGGAAUCUUCUAUCGAUGAGGUCAAAGCGGCGCUCUCUCUUUUCAAAGGAAUUGGUCCUAAAACAGUAAUUUUCCGCCAAUAUAAAUAUUACCUUUUUCGAAAACGAUAUUAAUUGAGUUCUAAUUGAUUUGA